AUGGAGACUUCCAGCAGCAGCAGCAACAGCAGUGAUUAUGAUUAUUAUUACUCCUCCAGCUCUUCUGAAGAGGAUUCCAAAGCUUCUGCAGCCAAAGCGCGAGCCAAUGUGAAACAUAAUACGCCUCUCAAUGACCGGAGAGUCACUUAUGAUGAGCUCAUGAAGAAAGAAGCUGAGGAUGACAGGUUGGAUGAUUAUCGACGAAGGAAGCACGAAGUCCGGCGCAGAAUGUUAGCAGCUGAGGAGAAACUUCGAUCUCGAGCUGAUGGUGUACCCUCAGAUUCUUAUGCUUCAGAAGACGAACCCGUGUGGAUGCCACGGGAUCACAAGAUUAAACCGGACCGACGUACCAGGGAGAUUGAGAAACUGGUUCAAGCUGACCUUGAAGCCGAGCGUGAAAAAGAAGAUUACUGGGAAAUAAUGGACAACGAUCAUGAUAUUCAUCCAGACUUCGUCAAUAGCUCUAAUGAUUAUUCCGAUGAAGAACUCGAAGAAGAUUCCGCGAAAGAUGAUGAUGAUGAAUCCGACAAUUCUGACAAAUCUGAUGACUCUGACGAAUCUGAUGAUUAG